CCUAGCAAUUUUUCGUUACUUCUUCAGCCCGUCAUUUCUCUCCACCCUUCUUCUCUCUUGCUCCCUGUGUGUCCUUACCGAAAAGCCGUGAAAUUCCUGAAGGUUUACACUUUUGCUUUUAUUGUUUUGGCGCACAAAUUAGUGGAUUUUCUUGGCUACUAAAAACCGUUAUAGGCUACUAAUGUAACUUGUAACAAACGAUCAUUUCAAUCAUAACCGCAGAACACACGUUGGAUAGUCUUGCAGUUCAACGCCCUACUCCGGUUAAAGUGAGCAAGAAAUUCAGAAUGAAAGAACCGGGGAAUGAAAAUAAGGGUGGAAAGUAAGGAGGGAGAGAAGGAAGGAGAAUAAAGGGAGCUAGGAAGAUUUUUUUUGCUCAAGGAAGAGAUAACUUUCUAUGUGGGCACAAUCAUCGUCUCCCACGGUUUGACAGGUCAAGAAGUUUCUACUCCCGGGGGAAUUUGAACUGUCCCGUCCUCCCCAGAGCAGUGUGAAAUCUACCCACCCUGGAACUCUCUCCUACUGACACAAGAGAUGGAGGGAGUAAAGGAGAGAGAGGGGGAGCGGGGAGAGGAGAAAGAGAGCGACGAGAUGGAGGAAGAGGAGAAAGAGAGCGAGGCUGAAGAGGAAGGUGAUGAAGAGGAUGAGGAUGAUGAAGAUGCAGAGGGAGCAGCGUUGGUGUGGCAGGAGUGCUCGUACGGAGAGGAUGACCUGGACCUACCCAUAAUGCACUGGGAGGCGCUGAGCCUGCGCAUCGCCAAGCUAGAGAAACAGGAAGAGGAAAAGAGAGAGAAGACAAAGUUUUCCAGUGUCCUGGAACGAGGGAAGAUGCUGUCCAUGAGCCGGCCAGGAGAGAGAGAUCAAGGGAAGAGUAAAGAGAGCUGGGAGGACGGAGGAGAGGCGGAGGACUGCAAUAGCCGCGUGACAGCACUGACCGCUCGUCUUUCAAAUCAGAUGAACCUCCAGCUGUGCUUCAUCAAUGACAGCGGGAGCGAAGAAGAGGAGGAGGAUUCUGUGGUAACGAUUUGCACAAAGAAUUCCAAAAUGGUGGUAAAGAAUGGUUCCGGCGUGCAGGUGUCCCAGCAGCCCCAGUCCCCAGCUGCAACCAAAAGCAAAUCAUCAGGCUUCAAGGCUGCGCUGAGUGCACUCAAAAACAAGCUGAGAACAGAACAGAAACGGAAGAGCCUAGUGUGUGGUGAUCCACUGUUGAAGAAUAGAAAGCGAGACCAUAGUGACCUGCAGGCCUCCAGUCUCAAAGAACUCAACACUCACAGAAACUCUCUCAAUAAGGCAAUACAAGACCUGAGCACUGAGCUGGUGGUUCACCUCCAGGAUCGAGACCAGCUGAGGACGGAACAGGACGCCAUGCUGCUGGAGGACCUGAGCCCUAGGACCAUGCCUCAGGACUACCUGACAUGAUGACUCCUUGCUGUCCCCAGUCCACCUGGCCGUGCUGCUGCUCCAGUUUCAACUGUUCUGCCUGUGAUUAUUAUUUAUGAACAUUUAUGAACAUUUGAACAUCUUGGCCAUGUUCUGUUACAAUCUCCACAGGGGACAGCCAGAAGAGGACUGGCCACCCCACAUAGCCUGGUUCCUCUCUAGGUUUCUUCCUAAGUUUUGUCCUUUCUAGAGUUUUUCCAAGCCACCGUGCUUCUACACCUGCAUUGCUUUCUGUUUGGGGUUUUAGGCUGGGUUUCUGUACAGCACUUUGAGAUAUCAGCUGAUGUACGAAGGGCUAUAUAAAUAAAUUUGAUUUAAUAACAAGUUCAAACAGGUGCCAUUAAUACAGGUAACGAGUGGAGGACAGAGGAGCCUCUUAAAGAAGACGUUACAGGUCUGUGAGAGCCAGAAAUCUUGCUUGUUUGUAGGUGACCAAAUACUUAUUUUCCACCAUAAUU